UCCGUCAAGAUGAUGUUAAUAUUAAUUGGAAUAUUGUCUCUCAUUGUAGCAUUUGUUAAUCCUUCUUCAUUGAAUACUAGAGAUCCUGAUAGUCAUUGUGUCAGCAAAAAUACACUUUGUGAUCCAAAUAUUACGCGUCCAUGCUGUGAUCAAAAAGAUAUUUGCAAAGAAACUGAACCAAAUUCAUUUAAAUGCAUCGAAAAUGUGGGAUUAGGAAAACUUUGUAUAUGGGACGAAGAUUGUGAUAAAAUAUGGCAUUCAAAAUGUUCAAAAGAAAAAACGUGUAUAUGUAGGACUAAUAAUAUUAAAGUAAAUGAAACGACCUGCGCACCAGUAUUAGGUGGAUUUUGUUGGAGAAAUGAAUUAUGUGCGACCGAAAACGCUGUUUGUAUUAACAAUGAAUGUCAAUGUAAUGUCAGUAGUUAUCGAAGAUUUAAUGACCAAUGCAUAUUCAAUACGUUAGGGGCACCCUGUGAGAGCGAUGAACGUUGUGAAAAAGUUAGGUUUGCGAAAUGUUCGAGGCAGAAAGUCUGUAGCUGUUCAGCGAAGACUUUCGCUGUAGAUCGAGAUCAUUGUGCACCACUUAUAGGUGGGUUUUGCUGGACAGCAAAUGAUUGUCUACCUUCAAAUUCUAUUUGUGUUGAUAACAGCUGUAAAUGUAAGGAUUACUACAUUUCGAAUUCGAAUGAUCAAUGCAUACCAGUUCAUCUCAAUGGAGCCUGCAAAAAUAAUAAUGAUUGCAAUCGGAUCCAAAAUGCAAGAUGUUCAGUUGACAAUGUAUGUGUUUGUGAUGAAAAUCAUAUUGAAAUAAACGAAAGAACCUGCGGACUGAUGCUAAACGAAUUUUGUCUUGAAGAUGGGGACUGUACAGCUAUUGAUUCCAUUUGCAUCAUGAAUGAAUGUCAAUGCAAACCACAUUAUGUGAGGCGAUCGAAAAAUUUAUGUGUAUUAUCUCAAUUAGGUAUGGACUGUAAAGAUAGUAUUGAUUGUAUUGAUAUACUAUAUAGUGAAUGCUCUGUGAACAAAAAGUGUGAAUGCAUUUCAAACUAUGCAGAAUAUGAUAUUUCAGCGUGUGGGCCACAACUAGGCAGUUUUUGUUCAGAAAUUCGACCAUGUGCAACUCCUAAUUCGAUUUGUUCAAAUAAUAUAUGUGUGUGUGGCGAUGGUCUUAUAGGACAUUCCAACAAUAAAUGUACAUCACAUUAUAUCGGAAAGUACUGCAUGGUAGAAGAAGAUUGCAAAGAAAUACUGAAUUCAAAAUGCGUAAACAACGACUGUGCUUGUAAAGACAACUAUGAUAUGCUGAAUACAACGGCUUGUGCACCACUAUUAGGUGAAUAUUGUGAAAACAACCAACAAUGCGCGCCCGCCAAUUCAAUAUGCAACGAAAAUAAAUGCCAAUGUGAUUUGGAUUACGUACGUCGAUUUAAUAAUAAAUGCAUACCGGAAGCAGGGCAUUUCAAAAUAUCAUGUUACGAAAAUAAUGAUUGUGUAAGCAUUAAAUAUGCACAAUGUUCCACAUAUCAAAAAUGUGUUUGUCCAUCAGAGUAUGUCGCUCUCGGUGAUGAUAGAUGUAUAGCGCUUAUAGGUGAAUAUUGUGACUCAGACGAAGAAUGUAUUUCAUAUAAUACUGUUUGUAUCAAUAAUAAAUGCCAAUGUGCAAAGAAAUUUGUCAUGAGAACUAAAUAUCAAUGUGACCAUAUUUCACUUGGUAGACCAUGUCACAAUAAUGAUGAUUGUGACAUAGGCAUAAAAAAUUCCGUUUGUUCGAACAAUAAUACCUGUGUUUGUCGAAACAAUUACCAUGCAUUGAACGAGUUCGAAUGCGCCCCUUUUUUACAUCAAUAUUGUUUGAAUAAUGAUGAAUGUCGAUUCAAUUCUUCUAUCUGUAUUGAAAAUAAAUGUCAAUGCAUAAAUAACUUUCAAUCUGUGUCAGAAAGUCAGUGCAAACCAAUUGAUUACUUGUAUGAAUGCAACGAAGAUUUGGAUUGCGGUGAUCCAUGGCAUAUUAAAUGUUUUCCAGACAGGAAAUGUCGGUGCAAUUCAAACAAUAUUUCAAUUAAUCGAUCGACAUGUUUGCCACUUUUAAACGGUUAUUGCUGGAGAGAUAGCCAAUGCUUUGUUCCCAAUUCAGCUUGCAUUGAUUUUCAGUGUAAAUGCAAACAUAAUUUCAUGCCGGUAUCCGGUAAUUUAUGCUUGUCAGUGUAAAGUAUAACCCUAUCGACACCUUUAUUCUUAUCGUCACUAUGGCUUCUUACAUGGACUGCGAACCGGUUGCUGAUAAACAAUCAUUGAAUUAUCAUUUUUAAAUUUAUAUUAUAAAAUGUAGACGCUUAUAAAAAAAGAUAGAACAUUGUUCCUCUAGUGCUGUUAUUUUUAGUUACAUUAAUAAUUCAUGAAUGAGUAUUUCUUGCAGUAGUAAAAAUUCACCACAAACCCUUAUUUUGGUAAUGCACCAAACAUAUCUAUUUUAUUUUCCAUCA